AUGUCACAAACAUUAUUUUCUAAAGACUUAGUGGAUGUAGAUCCUAAAGAAAUUCAACAAUAUAAUUCUUUCACAAAAUUAGUGCAUAAUCAAAAAAUAGUUCAAAUACCAGAAUUAGUACUAGAGUCCGGACUUGUUUUAAACAAUUUUCCUAUUGCUUACAAGACAUGGGGUAAAUUAAAUGAAAACUGUGAUAAUUGUUUAAUAAUUUGUCAUGCUUUGACAGGUUCGUCUGAUGUUGCUGAUUGGUGGGGUCCAUUACUUGGAAAGGAUAAAGCUUUUGAUCCAACCAGAUAUUUUAUUAUUUGUUUGAAUUCUAUGGGUUCUCCAUAUGGUUCAUUCUCUCCACUAUCUAUUAAUGAAAGUACAGGUAGACCAUAUGGUCCGGAAUUUCCAUUAUGUACAGUAAGAGAUGAUGUACGUGCACAUAAAAUGGUCCUAGAUUCAUUAGGUGUUCAAUCCAUUGCAUGUGUUGUAGGUGGUUCCAUGGGUGGGAUGUUAGCAUUGGAAUGGACUACAAUGUUUAAUAAAUCUUAUGUGAGAAACUUGGUGGCAUUAGCUACUUCUGCGAGACAUUCUGCUUGGUGUAUUUCAUGGUCAGAAGCUCAAAGACAAUCUAUUUAUUCUGAUCCAAAAUAUUUGGAUGGGUUCUAUUCAUUAGAAGAUCCUCCAAUAGCAGGGUUAUCUGCAGCUAGAAUGGCUGCUUUAUUAACUUAUAGAUCUAGGAAUAGUUUUGAAAAAAAAUUCUCUAGAAGACAACCUUCAAAACAACAAGAAAAUAAAAGUAAAACUAAUGAAGGUUCAAAUGUUUCAAAUAGUAACAUUACAGAAAUUAAUAAACAACCUUUCACAAUCAAUGAAAGAUCUCUUCAUAUUCAUAACGACGGUAUGAGAAAUUAUGGUAAUUCGUUAUCUGGUAAUAUAAUACGAGGUGGUAGAACAGGGAGUGUAGUCAGUACACAAUCCAACGAAUCUCAAGCUUCUUCAAAUGUCUCAUCAUCCGAUUCAUUACAUUCUGUAUCUUCUGUUAGUUCAAUAAGUGGGGAAGUAAAAGAUUUGAAACCAGCUCAAACUUAUUUCUCAGCACAAAGUUAUCUACGUUAUCAAGGUACGAAAUUCGUCAAUAGAUUUGAUGCUAAUUGUUACAUUGCCAUCACUAGAAAAUUAGAUACACAUGACUUAGCUCGUGAUCGUUCUGUUAAUGGUUACGAAGAAGACAUGGAAAAGAUCUUGGAAUCGAUCGAACAACCAACUUUAGUGAUAGGUAUCAGUUCCGAUGGUUUGUUUACUUACAGUGAACAAGAAUUCUUGGCAGAACAUAUUCCAAAUGCUAACUUGGAAAAAAUCGAAUCUCCAGAAGGUCAUGAUGCAUUCUUGCUUGAAUUCGAAUUGAUAAAUAAAUUGAUGGUACAAUUCAUGAAGAAAAAUAUACCAAAUAUCAUGAAUGCUAAGCCAUUGAUCGGUGAGAACGAUGAGGAUUUAGAUACUAUAUACCCUAGGGAUUCUGUAUUUGGCGAAGCUGAAGAAGUUACCAAUUGGUAA